GUCUUCAUUAUCUAGUUAAUCGAGAUGGCUAAAACUAAUCUAUGUGGCGCUCUCUGUUUAGUCCUGCUCUCAGCUAUUGGCUACGUUCAAGCGGAUUUGGAUGUGUGCCUCGAGGAUUUGGGCUGCCUGCAUGGAACACUGAUGCCUGAUUCCAGGCAGGAGCAGUUUGAAGCUUUUAUGGGAAUACCAUUCGCCAAGCCGCCGAUCGGAGAGCUACGCUUUAAGAAUCCUGUUGCAGCAGGAGCCUGGACAGGUAUCCUGGAUGCCAGCGCGCCACGCAGCCAUUGCCUGCAAAAGAAUUACUUUAUGUCUGGUUGGCUGGUCUCUGGAGAGGAGGAUUGCCUCUAUUUGAAUGUCUAUCGACCUCAAGGCAAUGCAGGACCUUUGCCUGUUAUGGUCUACUUCCACUUUGGCGGGUUUUUCAUUGGCUCCGCAAGUCCCUUGGCCAUCGGGCCGGAGUUUCUCAUGGACACCCAACAGGUCGUUCUGGUUACAGUCAGCUAUCGAUUGGGUCCAUUUGGCUUCCUGAGCACUGGAGAUGCUCACAUGUCUGGGAAUUUCGGAUUAAAGGAUCAACGCUUGGCUCUGCAAUGGGUGCAGCGACACAUUUCGGCCUUCGGCGGCAACCCGAAUCUGGUGACCCUCUUUGGCCACAGCGCAGGUGGAAUAUCCUCGCACCUGCACAUGCUGAGCCCCAGCUCAAAUGGACUCUUUCACCGCGCCAUGUCCUUGAGCGGCACGGUGAUGAUAGUGGCUACACUGCCAGACAAUCCACUUGAACAGGCUCGGCAGCUGGCGGAACGAUUGGGCGUGGCUGACGCCAAAACCUUAGACACCCAGGCGUUGGCCACAGCUCUCCGUGCAAUGGAUGCCAACGAUUUACUGAAAGCCAGCGAUGUGUUAAAGCAAUGGAAUAAAUUACCUCAAAUUAACUACGGCGUGGUUGUGGAACAGCCAGAUGCGCCCGAGCCCUUCAUUACCGAGUAUCCCAUUACGGCCCACCAGGCCGGUCCCAUCAACCAGGUGCCCUGGCUACUGAGCACCACCUCACGCGUAGGCGAGGGCGCAUUCUUCCUCAUGGAAAUCUAUACGACUCCGCAGCUCCUGAAGGAGUUCAAUGAAAAUUUCCUGGAGCUAUUUGGGCUGAUGCUGUAUCUGCCCAAGGGCUACGGCAAGGAAACCGUUCAAGAGAUCCUGGAAAUCUAUGGAGUGAAGGAAAUGCAACUGAAUGAGAACACAUUGGUGGAUAUAGCCGGUAUUCUGGGUGACUUUAUGUUUAAUUACCCAGUCUAUGUGUGCGCCGCCAGCUACACGGAAUAUUCCAAGGAGCCGGUUUCCAUUUAUAGCUUUGAGUACACCAGCAAUAACACGUUUGCCGCGAUACUUGGGGGCGGACUUGUUAAAGAGGAGCUGGGCGCAUGUCACAUGGAUGACGGUGUACACACUCUGAAAAUGUCGACAUUGUUUCCUGACUUUCCACAGGAUUCCGAAAAUGCAAAGGUGGCCAAGCGUAUGACUUCCUUAUUGGUGGAGUUUGCCAAGAAUGGUGUUCUCCCUGAUGACACCCAUUUGCAGCCCUGUAAAUCUGAAGAGUUUAAGGAUGAUGAGAUAUGCAACUAUUUUGUCAUGGGAAAAUUAGAUGGGGCCUAUCAUGAGGCAGUUGAAAAACGCGUAGAUAAGCGCGCAUUGGCUCUGUGGAAGAAGCUCUACUUAUAGACAAAAUAUCAAAACAUAUAAAUACCAUUAUAAUAUUAAAAUAGUCACUAUUAGAAUAGUAAUUAGUAAUUACUAAAUCAAAUUUCGAUUGUCAUUCUACAACUAGUAAAAAUAAAUAGCAAAAUCGAGCUAAAAAGCCUCUAAGCCUUAUUUUUCCCUAUGGGAAUCGCGGAGUAGAGCGCUGGGCAAUUUAUUGCAGCGUCUGAGCAGGAAUCAGAGAAGUGAGGUUACUUCAUACAGCUGGCCUAUAUCGACUAUUUUUAUAUUAUUAUACCCUAAGCUAUAGUUACACAAUUACUCUGCAUGAAUUAUAUUGGAAAUAUGUAAUUUAUUAAAAGUUAACAAUAAAUCAACAAUGAACAUUGAAUGAA